CCACAAGUGAACAGACCCGUGUCGAACCCGAUCAACGUCAACAGCAUCAACAACAUCAACUACGAUGGCACGUACCAAGCAAACUGCCCGUAAGUCCACCGGAGGAAAGGCGCCGCGCAAGCAGCUGGCCACCAAGGCGGCCCGCAAGAGUGCUCCGGCCACCGGAGGAGUGAAGAAGCCGCAUCGCUACCGACCGGGAACGGUGGCUCUGCGUGAAAUCCGUCGCUACCAGAAGUCGACCGAGCUGCUGAUCCGCAAGUUGCCCUUCCAGCGAUUGGUGCGUGAAAUUGCACAGGAUUUCAAGACGGAUCUGCGUUUCCAGAGCUCGGCCGUGAUGGCGCUGCAGGAAGCGAGUGAAGCGUAUCUGGUCGGUCUGUUCGAGGACACGAAUCUGUGUGCCAUCCACGCGAAGCGCGUCACCAUCAUGCCGAAAGACAUCCAGCUUGCUCGUCGUAUCCGUGGUGAACGUGGUGGUAAAGUGAAGGGAAAGGCAAAGUCCCGCUCGAAUCGUGCCGGUCUGCAGUUCCCGGUCGGCCGUAUUCAUCGUCUGCUGCGCAAGGGUAACUAUGCCGAGCGCGUCGGUGCCGGCGCACCGGUGUAUCUGGCGGCCGUGAUGGAGUAUCUGGCCGCGGAAGUGCUCGAGUUGGCCGGUAACGCCGCCCGUGACAACAAGAAGACGCGCAUCAUCCCGCGCCAUCUGCAGCUGGCCAUCCGCAACGACGAAGAGUUGAACAAGCUGCUUUCCGGUGUGACCAUCGCCCAAGGUGGUGUGCUGCCCAACAUUCAGGCCGUGCUGUUGCCGAAGAAGACGGAAAAGAAGGGUGCGUCCCUGGCGUUUCAGGGCGUACACGACGUCCAUGGCGGUGACGGUCUUGCGCUUGGCGUGCUCGGUGUACGUCACGGCAUCACGGAUCACGUUCUCGAGGAACACUUUCAGCACACCGCGAGUUUCUUCGUAGAUCAGGCCGGAAAUACGCUUCACACCGCCACGGCGAGCCAGACGGCGGAUGGCCGGUUUCGUGAUUCCCUGGAUGUUAUCACGCAGCACUUUGCGAUGACGCUUGGCACCUCCUUUGCCCAGUCCCUUGCCUCCUUUUCCGCGGCCGCAUCAACAACAUCAACUACGAUGGCACGUACCAAGCAAACUGCCCGUAAGUCCACCGGAGGAAAGGCGCCGCGCAAGCAGCUGGCCACCAAGGCGGCCCGCAAGAGUGCUCCGGCUACCGGAGGAGUGAAGAAGCCGCAUCGCUACCGGCCGGGAACGGUGGCUCUGCGUGAAAUCCGUCGCUACCAGAAGUCGACCGAGCUGCUGAUCCGCAAGUUGCCCUUCCAGCGAUUGGUGCGUGAAAUCGCACAGGACUUCAAGACGGAUCUGCGUUUCCAGAGCUCGGCCGUGAUGGCGCUGCAGGAAGCGAGUGAAGCGUAUCUGGUCGGUCUGUUCGAGGACACGAAUCUGUGUGCCAUCCACGCGAAGCGCGUCACUAUCAUGCCGAAAGACAUCCAGCUUGCUCGUCGUAUCCGUGGUGAACGUGCCUAA